GCCGCGGUCUCGCUCGCCAAAUUCCCGACCCGAUUUCCGAGCGGGGCACUUCACUUUGUGCAUUUGUCCGGUUUCAAAAACUUUCGGCGUAUAUUGGCCAAACCAAUAGAAAAAUCCAUGUGGGGCAUAUUUAAAUAAAUUUAUCUAUAACCUAUCAAUUGCAUAUAAGGAUUUUAAAGUCCGCAACCAUGGCACACUGUAUGAGAGUUUUGCAUGGCCAGGGGAGCAGGACGAAGGUAGUUCUGUCGGAGAUCCAGCAGCGAUGCUUCAGCGUGUCCCCGCUCACCGCCGCCGCCGCUCAGGUGGCUAUGUCGAAAUUCGACCCUCAACCCCUCCCCUACGAAAAGCUGACAAAGACCCUUAAAAUUGUGAAGGACAGACUCGGCCGUGACCUGACCUUGUCUGAGAAAGUGCUCUACUCCCACAUUGAUGACCCCAAGAACCAGGAAAUUGAGCGUGGUACCAGCUACCUCCGCUUAAGGCCCGACCGAGUGGCCAUGCAGGAUGCCACGGCCCAGAUGGCCAUGCUGCAGUUCAUCUCAUCCGGUCUUCCGAAAGUGGCCGUGCCCUCCACCAUCCACUGUGACCACUUGAUUGAGGCCCAGAUUGGAGGUGACAAGGAUUUGGCCAGAGCUAAGGACCUCAACCAAGAAGUGUACAAGUUCCUGGAAACCGCUGGGGCCAAGUACGGUGUUGGUUUCUGGAAGCCCGGCUCCGGAAUCAUCCAUCAGAUCAUCCUGGAGAACUAUGCGUUCCCCGGUCUGUUGAUGAUCGGUACCGACUCCCACACACCCAAUGGUGGAGGUCUCGGUGGUCUGUGCAUUGGUGUCGGUGGUGCUGAUGCCGUGGACGUAAUGGCCGACAUUCCCUGGGAACUGAAGUGCCCGAAGGUCAUCGGAGUCAAGCUUACCGGCAAACUCUCCGGCUGGACCACACCCAAGGACGUGAUCCUGAAGGUGGCCGGCAUCCUGACGGUGAAGGGCGGCACGGGCGCCAUCGUGGAGUACCACGGGCCCGGCGUGGACUCCAUCUCCUGCACCGGCAUGGCCACCAUCUGCAACAUGGGCGCCGAGAUCGGGGCCACCACCAGUCUGUUCCCCUACAACUCCCGUAUGGAGGCGUACCUCAAGUCGACGAAGCGGGACGACAUCGCCGCCGCCGCCAACAAGUACAAGGACCUGCUCACACCCGACGCGAAGGCACCUUACGACGAGCUAAUCGAGCUAGACCUCUCAACCCUGGAGCCCCACGUGAACGGCCCGUUCACCCCGGACCUGGCCAACCCGAUCUCCAAGCUCGGCGAGCAGGCCAAGAAGCACGACUGGCCGAUGGACAUCAAGGUGGGGCUCAUCGGCUCCUGCACCAACUCCUCGUACGAGGAUAUGGGCCGAUGCGCCAGCAUUGUUAAGGAGGCGCUGAAGCACGGCGUGAAGUCGAAGAUCCCGUUCAACGUGACGCCCGGCUCCGAGCAGGUGCGCGCCACCAUCGAGCGGGACGGCAUCGCGCAGACGCUGCGGGACUUCGGAGGCACCGUGCUAGCCAACGCGUGCGGCCCCUGCAUCGGCCAGUGGGACCGUAAAGACGUGAAGAAGGGCGACAAGAACACCAUCGUGACGUCAUACAACCGCAACUUCACGGGCCGCAACGACGCCAAUCCCGCCACGCACUGCUUCGUCACCAGCCCCGAGCUGGUGACAGCCCUGUCGCUUGCUGGUCGUCUGGACUUCAACCCGAUGACGGACUCUCUGACCGGCGCGGACGGCAAGAAGUUCAAGCUGUCCGACCCGUUCGCGGACGAGCUGCCGGCCAAGGGCUUCGACCCCGGCCAGAACACCUACGAGCACCCGCCGGCUGAUGGCUCCAAGGUGCAAGUGGACGUGUCCCCCAAAUCCGAGCGUCUCCAACUCCUCACCCCGUUCGCGAAGUGGGACGGCAAGGACCUGACCGACCUCACCAUCCUCAUCAAGGUCAAGGGCAAGUGCACCACGGACCACAUCUCCGCCGCCGGGCCCUGGCUGAAGUUCCGCGGGCAUUUGGACAACAUCUCCAAUAAUAUGUUCCUUACCGCCACAAACGCCGAGAACGGCGAGCUGAACAAGGUGAAGAACCAGGUGACGGGCGAGUGGGGGCCCGUGCCCGCCACCGCGCGCGCCUACAAGGCGGCUGGAGUCUCCUGGGUCGUCAUCGGUGACGAGAACUACGGCGAGGGCUCGUCCCGCGAGCACGCCGCGCUGGAGCCGCGCCACCUCGGCGGCCGCGCCAUCAUCGUCAAGUCCUUCGCUAGGAUCCACGAAACGAACCUGAAGAAGCAGGGCAUGCUGCCGCUGACGUUCGCCAACGCGGCCGACUACGACAAGAUCCAGCCCACGGACAAGGUGUCGCUGCUCGGACUCAAGGACCUCGCGCCCGGCAAGCCCGUGAAGUGCGAGAUCAAGCACAGCAACGGCGACAAGGAGACCAUCAUGCUCAACCACUCGCUCAACGAGCAGCAGAUCGCGUGGUUCAAGGCCGGCUCCGCGCUCAACAGAAUGAAGGAAAUCGCCCUCGGAAAAUGAAUGCCUUAGUAUCUUAGAUAAUACUUGCGCUGCGCUGAUUCCCUGAAUUUUUAGACAAUUUUGUCAGUAAGAAACAUAAUUAGAAUUCAAAAUUUCAUGCGCGGUGCAAGUUAUUGGAAUAAAAUUUGCCUUCUUAGGUAUUUUUCAUAUUUGUAAGUAGAUUGUUUCGCUCAUUCUCUUUACAUCAAAUCAGUCGGACAAUACUUAAUGUUAUCAUGCUAUCAGCGAAUAAUGUUUGUAAUGUUUUAGUUGUAGUACAAAUUUAUUAUUUAUGUAUAUAAUACUAAUAUUUACGAAACCGAAAAAAUAAAGUUUACAUACAUA